AUGAAGACUUUCACCCUCCUCAUCCUCUUUUCUGUGCUGUCUGCCUGCAUAUCCACAGGAGUAGUGGAUAUCGCUGCUGAACCUGACUCUGCUCCUGAAGCUGAUCCUGCAGCUGAUGCCGCCGCAGCCUCAGACUCUUCCUCUGAAUCAGACUCUUCCUCUGAAUCAGACUCAUCCUCUGAAUCAGAUUCCGCCUCAGACUCCGCCUCAGACUCUGCAUCUGACUCUGCAUCAGAGUCCGAUUCUGCCUCUGAUUCUUCCUCAUCUGAGUCCAACUCUAACAGUGUUGAAGCCACAGGUGCACCUGACCACGUGAUGGUGAAGAGAUCUCUCGCCACGGCUCUGCUGAGAAGACACAGAAGGGCAGGAACGGCAGCAGCUGACCUGACCCCAUUUCAGCUGGAGAGUCUGAGAGAGGUGUGCGAGCCCAACUUGGCCUGUGAACACAUGUCUGACACCGACGGGAUCGUGGCAGCUUACAACGCAUACUACGGCCCUGUCCCUUUCUAAACGGACUCGGAGAGAAGCUGCUUCUACAAGGACUCAAAGCUAAUCCAGAUUUAGUUGGAACAGAAAUCAGCUUUGCGGUAUUUGAACGGGUCUCACUACUUCCCCUGCUUUGCAAAGAGGUGAAGGGAGAAAAAUAAAGGACUGUUUUAGCUUUUACCCUCGACAGCUCCAGCUUUUGCUUUGCUGUAUGUUUUCACUGAAACCACUAGUGUGUUUCUGGUUUUGUAUCAGAGGUGACCGCAACCACAGUGACAACUCAUUUAGGUAGUAGUCUAAGAAUAGCAUGGGUUCAUCACGAUGUACAUGAUCUCUGUGGUGUGAUCGACAUGACAACUGUAUACCGUCACAGGGACUGUAAAAUGCCACAUCUGCUAAUGUAGUGUUUCAUCGUAGAGCUAUUUUGCUUUAUCUGCAUAGAUCAAGGAAUGGCACAUUAGUAGGCAAGCCA